UGUCAUAUAUAUGGCGGCAUCCAAGUUUUCUCCCCUGUCACUUUAGUUGGAUCCUGGUUUGGCUUGGCCUCUGUCCAGCAGGAAAACAUGUCUCAGUAUUCAGGAAAGAUCAUUUUCUAUGAAGGCAAAUGUUUCACAGGGAGGAAGCUGGAGGUGUUCGGAGACUGUGACAACUUCCAGGACCGGGGCUUCAUGAACCGAGUGAACUCUAUCCGGGUGGAGACCGGCGCCUGGAUCUGCUACGACCAUCCUGACUUUAAGGGGCAACAGUACAUCCUGGAGCGAGGGGAGUACCCAGAUCUCCACCGGUGGAAUGGGCACAAUGACCACAUGGGAUCCUGCAGGCCUGUUAGAAUGCACGGUGAGAGAUACAGGCUGGAGUUGUUCGAGGGUUGCAACUUCACUGGCCAGUGUAUGGAGUUCCACGAGGACUGUCCCUACCUGCAGGGACGCGGCUGGAACAAAAACUGUGUAAAUGCCUGCAAAGUCUAUGGAGAUGGAGCCUGGAUGCUGUACGAGGAGCCUAACUACCGCGGGCGCAUGUACAUCGUGGAAAGGGGCGAUUACCGCAGCUUUAAUGAGUGGCAGAGCCAGAACGCAAACAUUCAGUCCGUCAGACGGGUAGUUAAUUAUUUCUAAGCAAUGUGAACCCUGCACACCCCGAUUUUUACCUCAUCUGGCUGAAAAAGUCCAAUAAAUUCUAAAACUGUG